CUGUGUAUGUGUGUGUAUGUGUGCACGUGUGUGCAUGUGUGUGUGUGUGUGCGUGUGUGCAUGUGUGCGUGUGCAUCUUGGUGUUGUCAGAGGAACCUCAUUAGAUACACAGAUGAUACCCGCUCCUCCUCAACAGGGUCUUCAAGUCCUCCCUGGAGGCUUGCUUCUUGGGGGGGGGGGGUUGGAAUUCUCUUUCCAAUUUCUAAUUUCCCAGCUCCACUCAUUUUGUUUCUUAAGUGCACUAUUGGUUAUUGGGGGAAGAAAUACAAUGACAGGUCAGCCCUGAAUUCAGAGUGUCUGGACCCCCCUUUGUGUAACAACCUCGGCUGACUGGCAAGAAGGGGUGAGGGGGGUUCCUGCAGGCCCCAGGGCGGUGCCUGGCACGUGCUGGGCCCUCUGCCCAUGUGCCUGUCUGCCUCUGGUCUUCUUCUUGCUCAUCUGCCUACUGCGUCCGACCUGAUACCUCCAUCUGUAAUCCUGUACAGGCGCCAAAGAGAUGACUGUUGGCAAAGGCAGUGUCGGGUACCUUCUUAGAGCACGGGCUAGGGAGGCUGGAAGGCCCGCCAUUGGCUUCUGGCUCUGCAUCUCGGGUCUGGGUGUACUCCCAGGUGUGAGAAGGAAGUUCCCGAGAUUAUGUCCAUGUCUUCAGGCCAAGUUCUAGCACAGAGUAGGCUCCUGGUGAAGGUUCCUUGUUCCCCCUCCAGCUCCGAGCUUGCUAUUACCAUGCUCAGCAUGAUAAUCACAACACCUCCCUAACUGCAGAGGGCCCAGUGGCACCUUGGAUGUGAAAACACCCAGCUUAUGCCAGAUGCCCAUCGAAAGAGCUAGCUGGGCUUUUGAGGCAUCUAAUAUGGCUUCAGAAGCAUUUGCAUUUUUCAGAGUAGAUGGGUGCACAUGCUCUCUGCACACAGGGCUUCUGUGUCAUCGUUGGGGGCCCCAAGAUCCCCUUGCCAUCUCUCCCUGUCCUGUGGACACAAGGUAUGUCUUCUCGGCCAUGGGCACAUAUUUCCCCAAAGUGCAGCUGAGCCCUCUGAACCUCUGAGGCUUUGGGUCUCCUGGAAUCUCGGGAGCAUUUGCCGGAACAGCUGCAAACGGUGCGUGGCCAGAGGGAAGGGGCCGCUGCUAAGUAGGAGCCUGGAAAGGCUGUGUGCGUCCUGGGACCUUUGGCUGAGGACGCAUUGAUGGCCAUGGUCGUUGUUGGAGGGGGCAUGGGGCUGUCUCCUCGCAGAGCUGGCUGGCCCACCUGCCUUGUAGGGGAAGAGGGAAGGCCAGAGCAUCUAAGCCUCCGUGUUGGGGGGAUAGCUAGGGCACCCCCUCCUCAUUUUCUUAAGGUUCAGAAGAGAGGGUCACGGCGCUGUGUCCCAGCAGCCACCAUAGCAGAACGCGGCCUCCUCGUUCCUGUGGAGGAACUUUGGAACCUUUCCUCGUGGUUGCCUGGUUACAAGAUCAUCUGCCCAGAGUUCCCCAGAAGGGGCUUGGCUGGGGAGCCACAGGCAGGGGAGUCGGGGGAGAGUGGCUGCUGUUGGGAAUGCAGUAAAGAUGAGCCUUCCAGCUACAUUUGCACAACAUGCAAGCAGCCCUUCAACAGCGCGUGGUUCCUGCUGCAGCACGCGCAGAACACGCACGGCUUCCGCAUCUACCUGGAGCCCGGGCCGGCCAGCAGCUCGCUCACGCCGCGGCUCACCAUCCCGCCGCCGCUCGGGCCCGAGGCCGUGGCCCAGUCCCCGCUCAUGAAUUUCCUGGGCGACAGCAACCCCUUCAACCUGCUGCGCAUGACGGGCCCCAUCCUGCGGGAGCACCCGGGCUUCGGCGAGGGCCGCCUGCCCGGCACGCCGCCGCUCUUCAGCCCGCCGCCGCGCCACCACCUGGACCCGCACCGCCUCAGUGCCGAGGAGAUGGGGCUCGUCGCCCAGCACCCCAGUGCCUUUGACCGAGUCAUGCGCCUCAACCCCAUGGCCAUCGACUCGCCCGCCAUGGACUUCUCGCGGCGGCUCCGCGAGCUGGCGGGCAACAGCUCCACGCCGCCGCCCGUGUCGCCGGGCCGCGGCAACCCUAUGCACCGGCUCCUGAACCCCUUCCAGCCCAGCCCCAAGUCCCCGUUCCUGAGCACGCCGCCGCUGCCGCCCAUGCCGCCCGGGGGCACGCCGCCGCCGCAGCCGCCGGCCAAGAGCAAGUCGUGCGAGUUCUGCGGCAAGACGUUCAAGUUCCAGAGCAAUCUCAUCGUGCACCGGCGCAGCCACACGGGCGAGAAGCCCUACAAGUGCCAGCUGUGCGACCACGCGUGCUCGCAGGCGAGCAAGCUCAAGCGCCACAUGAAGACGCACAUGCACAAGGCCGGCUCGCUGGCCGGCCGCUCCGACGACGGCCUCUCGGCCGCCAGCUCCCCGGAGCCCGGCACCAGCGAGCUGGCCGGCGAGGGCCUCAAGGCGGCCGACGGCGACUUCCGCCACCACGAGAGCGACCCGUCGCUGGGCCACGAGCCCGAGGAGGAGGACGAGGAGGAGGAGGAGGAGGAGGAGGAGCUGCUGCUGGAGAACGAGAGCCGGCCGGAGUCGAGCUUCAGCAUGGACUCGGAGCUGAGCCGCAACCGCGAGAACGGCGGCGGCGGGGUGGCCGGGGUGGCGGGCGCGGGCGGCGUGGGCGGCGCGGCCAAGGCGCUGGCCGACGAGAAGGCGCUGGUGCUGGGCAAGGUCAUGGAGAACGUGGGGCUGGGCGCGCUGCCGCAGUACGGCGAGCUGCUGGCCGACAAGCCCAAGCGCGGCGCCUUCCUGAAGCGCGCGCCGGGCGGCGGCGACGCGGGCGACGACGACGACGCGGGCGGCUGCGGCGACGCGGGCCCGGGCGGCGCGGUCAACGGGCGCGGCGGCGGCUUCGCGCCAGGCGCCGAGCCCUUCCCGGGCCUGUUCCCGCGCAAGCCGGCGCCGCUGCCCAGCCCCGGGCUCAACAGCGCCGCCAAGCGCAUCAAGGUGGAGAAGGACCUGGAGCUGCCGCCCGCCACGCUCAUCCCGUCCGAGAACGUGUACUCGCAGUGGCUCGUGGGCUACGCGGCGUCGCGGCACUUCAUGAAGGACCCCUUCCUGGGCUUCACGGACGCGCGCCAGUCGCCCUUCGCCACGUCGUCCGAGCACUCGUCCGAGAACGGCAGCCUGCGCUUCUCCACGCCGCCCGGGGACCUGCUGGACGGCGGGCUGUCGGGCCGCAGCGGCACGGCCAGCGGCGGCAGCACGCCGCACCUGGGCGGCCCGGGCCCCGGGCGGCCGAGCUCCAAGGAGGGCCGCCGCAGCGACACGUGCGAGUACUGCGGCAAGGUGUUCAAGAACUGCAGCAACCUGACGGUGCACCGGCGGAGCCACACCGGCGAGCGGCCUUACAAGUGCGAGCUGUGCAACUACGCGUGCGCGCAGAGCAGCAAGCUCACGCGCCACAUGAAGACGCACGGGCAGAUCGGCAAGGAGGUGUACCGCUGCGACAUCUGCCAGAUGCCCUUCAGCGUCUACAGCACCCUGGAGAAACACAUGAAAAAGUGGCACGGGGAGCACUUGCUGACUAACGACGUCAAAAUCGAGCAGGCCGAGAGGAGCUAAGCGCGCGGGGCCCCGGCGCCCCGCACCUGUACAGUGGAACCGUUGCCAACCGCGAGAAUGCUGACCUUGACACUUGCCUCCGCGUCUGCGCCACUUCGGCACCCCCCCCCGCCCCCCUCCCCCCGCCCCGGGCCCCCACCCCCCACCCCCGCGCGUCCCCGGGGGCCCCGGGGGAGGCGGCGCUCCAACCUAACCUGUGUCUACGAAGUCCUACGGAAACCCGAGGGUUGAUGGAGGCAGUAAAAAUUGUGGAGCCUUUUAACUGUGCAAUAAUUUCUGUAUUUAUUGGGUUUUGUAAUUUUUUUGGCAUGUGCAGGUACUUUUUAUUAUUAUCCUUUGUGUUUAAAUUCUUUUAAGAGAUUUUGUUGGGUAUCCAUCCCUUCGUUGUUGUUUUUUUUUUAUUGUUUUUUUUUUUUGUUUGUUUGUUCGUUUGUUUUUUUAAACCCAGUAGUAGCCUGAGCAAUGACUCCCGAGCAGUGUAGAAGGGAAGCUUAUCUUUUAAAUUAUAAUUUGGGGGGGGGAGGGCGCUGCUUUUUUGAAAUUUAAGCUAAGCAUGUGUAAUUUCUUGUGAAGAAGCCAACACUUAAAUGACUUUUAAAGUUUACUUUUUUUAAUUCCUUCUUUGGUCCUGAAAUAAAAAGUGGCAUGCAUUUUUUUUUUGUUUUUUGUUUUUUGUUUUUGUUUUUUGUUGGUUUUUUGGUUUUUUUUGGGGGGGGGUGGAUGUACAGCGGAUAACAAUCUUUAAAGUCGUAGCACUUUGCUUCAGAGUUGGAAUGGAGAUGUAGCACUGAUGAUGUCCUGAGUAACAGAGGCCUUUUCUGCAACCUUUACAUUAUACAAGGAAACGUUUUAGUGGUGGGGGCCCCCACCCCGAAAAUUCCACACUGCCGGAGAAAUGCCAGUUUUUGAGAGCUGCCGGGGGGGGGGGGGGGAUGGCCUGAGAGCAUUCUACAGUGGUGUGGCAUCAGCAGAUACUGUCCUUUUCUUGGGGUGUGGGUGUGCCCUGGGGUGCCGCCUUGGCUCUUUGCUGUAGAUUAGGCUACGUAAAAUGGGCAGAGGGUACCUUUUUUUGGGUAGACGGUGAUCUGCAGUGACACAGGAAGAAAGCCACCGUAUUCUUUCAGGCUUCUUCUGGCUUGAUGGCUUCUCUCUCUCUCUCUCUCUCUCUCUCUGUCUCUAUCACCCCCACUACAAAAAGUCCCAAGUCCUAUGUUGCUACAAGUGAUAAUUGACCGUGUCUCAAGCAGACAAGUGCCCUGGACGAGGUGAAUUGAGAGACGUUAGUAUUCUCUCAUUUAAUGCACACUGAUGACAUUGUACGGACAGGGGGGAAAAUCUUGCAAAUUUCUGUUCCCUUUUACUGGAAAAGCAGGGAAAGAGUUCCAUCCGAAGGUGCCCAGCGCUACUUUCCAAUUUUUUUUUUUUUUUUUCUAUCCCAUUAGGUUGGAAGGUACUAAACAUUGGACUGUUGAGAUUAGACAUUGGAAUUCUGUUGACCCGCACUUUAAAGCUUUUGUUUGCAUUUAAAUUAAAUGGCUUCUAAACAAGAAAUUGCAGCAUAUUCUUCUCUCUGGCCCAGAGGUGGGUUAAACUGUAAGGGACGGCUGAGAUCGAGUGUCAGUGUUGCUAAGCAUGGCAUUCACAAUACUGGCACUAUAAAGAACAAAAUAAAAUAAUUUAUUGGACAGUUUUCCUACUGCCAUUCAAUUUGACGUGAGUGCCUUGAAAACUGAUCUUCCUAUUUGAGUCUCUUGAGACAAAUGCAAACCUUUUUUUUUUUUUUUUUUUUGGAAACGAAAAGACUUUUUAAGAGUAAAACAAGAAAAGUACAUUCUUUAGAUACAAACAAAGCCACCUUUACCUUUAAUUAGAUUAAAUUUUAAAAAUCCUGGCUGAAGAUAGAGGACGUGAAAAUGCCAUAAGGACCCAAUCAAACGAAGAAAUAAACCCAGCACAACCGUGGACAUCCUUAGCUGAAUUAUCCUCAACCCCUUUUGUUUUUGGGACAACGCUGCUUAGAUUUGGCGUGGAGGUGAUUUACUGCUGAAUUAAAACUCAAGUGACAGAAGUUACACGCUGAUAUCGUUGAAUGAAAAACAAAAAAACAAUUCAGGAACAAUGGCUAAUUUUUUUUCUAAAGUUAAAUUUAGUGCACUCUGUCUUAAAAAUACGUUUACAGUAUUGGAUACAUACAAGGGUAAAAAAAAAAAUCGUGUGUAUGUGUGUUGGAGCGAUCAUUUUUUUUUUUUCAAAGUUUGCUUAAUAGGUUAUAAAAAAAUGCCACAGUGGCUGCGUGUAUAUUGUUUUCUUUUGGUGACGGGGUUUUAGUAUAUAUUAUAUAUAUUAAAAUUUCUUGAUUACUGUAAAAGUGGACCAGUAUUUGUAAUAAUUGAGAAUGCCUGGGCAUUUUACAAAACAAGAAAAAAAAAAAACCCUUUUCUUUUCCUUGAAAAUGUUGCAGUAAAACUUAAAUGGUGGGUCUAUAAAUUUGUUCUUGUCACAGUAACUGUAAAGUCGGAGUUUUAGUAAAUUCUUUUCUGCCUUGGGUGUUGAAUUUUUAUUUCAAAAAAAAAAUGUAUAGAAACUUGUAUUUGGGGAUUAAAAGGGGAUUGCUACACCAUGUAGAAAAAGUAUGUAGAAAAAAAGUGCUUAAUAUUGUUAUUGCUUUGCAGAGAAAAAAAAAAAUCACAUUUCUGACCUUGACCUUAUUUUUCUCUUCCCGCCCCCUCUGGAAUGGAUAUAUUGGUUGGUUCAUAUGAUGUAGGCACUUGCUGUAUUUUUACUGGAGCUUGUAAUUUUUUAACUGUAAGCUUGUCCUUUUAAAGGGAUUUAAUGUACCUUUUUGUUAGUGAAUUUGGAAAUAAAAAGAAAAAAAAAACAAAAACAAACAGGCUGCCAUAAUAUAUUUUUUUAAUUUGGCAGGAUAAAAUGUUGCAAAAAAAAAAUUUGUAUGUUAAGUCCUAUUGUACAGGAGAAAGAGGGUUGUUUGACAACCUUUGAGGAAAAGAAACAAAAGGAAGUCGUUAAAUGCUUUGGUUCACAGAUCCUUUUAGUUGUAUAUAUUUUUGUCGGAAUUGGCCUAUACAAAGGACUGUUCGAGCAGGGCUUCUCCCCGAACGCCCCGAACCUUGCAUCAAGGCUCCCUGGUGUGGCCACAGCAGACCGGAUGGGAAAUCCUUUAUUCACGUUGAGUGGGAAAAUCGGUUUUCGUAAAGAUGUUGGUGACAUCUCGCAGGGUCCUCUUGUUCUCUGAGAGGCCAUCUGUAAGAUGUCAGGGGUCCGAGGAGAGAGCGAGAGCAUCUUCCUUCUCUACCGUCCGUCGUGGCGGUCACCACCACAUCUCCCGCCCGUAAGAGCGGAAAGAAAUGCAAACCGAGCUCUCUUUAGUCCUUGGGAAAACCUGAAACAGACAAACGGAAGAUGUAACGACAAGAGCUGGUGAAUCAGCUAGGCACAGGUGACGUGAGCUGCUGUUGAGAGCACCACACACUGGAUUUCAGGAAGGAGUCCCCGUCACGACCAGGGCCUUUCAUGCCGCGGAGAGUGUUGGCCUGUUGUCUUUCUUACCUGCUCUGCUGCUUUUCUCGCUGAAACCUACAUUCCGUCAGUUUCCGAGUGCCGAGGGCCUGGGAUGAAUUCGGUGCCUUUCCAUAUCUCUCUCCUUCCUCUGCGUUUCCUCUCCAUCCCUCUCUAUCAGCCCGUUGUUUGUCUUCUUCGUCUUUAUUUAAUUUCUUCUCUUUCUCCCUCCCUGUACCCCCCUUUUUCUUCGUCCUCUUCUUUUUUUUUCUUCUUCCUUUUCUCUUUCUCUCUCUUUCUUUCUCUCCCUUUCUUUCUUUCUUUUUUUUUUUUUUUUUUGUAAAGCCAAGUAGCUUUAAGAUGAAAUAAAGUGGUGGUUUUUUGGAUGAGGGAAUAAUACAUUUAAAAAAAAAUACCUAUAUCAGGAAGCCAUUUUUUUUAUUUCAGGAACUGUAAAAACCAUUGUUUCAGGUUGUGAAAGUAUAACCAAGCAUCUUUUUGGGCAAUUUCUUUACCAAAUGCAGAAAUCUUUCUUCUGGGAGCUUUUCCGUUCAGUACGCCCCUCCCUCCUUGCCACCUACCUUUGCAAAGUGAACAGAAAUGGGGAGGAGGGGAGAGAAAGCUGAGAUGUCAGUUUCCUACCUGCCCGACCCGACCUGAAGACCCAGGGGCUGCCCUUUCCUUCGGAUGCCCUGUUAAGGUACUUGAGAGCCUCCAAGGUGGUCCUCCUGUCAUUGCGAAAGCUAGCCAGCCCUCACCAGCUUACACAAAGUCACCAGAAUGCCAGGACUAAGCCAUCCUAAAGCACAAAGAUUGUGUCUCUGUCGACCGCAGAGAAAAGCGCAUUAUGCUUCUCUCUCAUGUUUAAGAAGCCAACACUGGAGCAGAUGAUGCAGUGAGAGGGGCCCCGAGCCUGGGUGACCCAGCCGACCUCAGGCCGGGUUCCAUACUGCCACAACUUUGUUCAAAGUUGCCCCAAAUUGGAACCUGCCACUUGCCAUUAGAGGGUCUUUUACGGGGAGAGGGGGAGGCUGAACUACUCUAAAGCAAAAUGUCAGAAAGUAAGGAAGCCAGCCUUUCAUCCCGGUCCGAAGCGACGUAGCGAAGGUUCGGUUGCACACAGGCAAACCCGUGAUUUUGGUGCUCUUUGUAUCUCAAACCCUGCAAAGCAAAGUUCCAUUGAUUUAAGUUGUUUGCAUUUGUACUGGCAAGGCAAAAUAUUUUUAUUACCUUUUCUAUUACUUAUUGUAUGAGCUUCUGUUGUUUACUUGGAGGUUCUGUCUUUUACUACAAGUUUGGAACUAUUUAUUAUUGCUUGGUAUUUGUGCUCAGUUUAAGAAACGGGCACUUUUUUUUUUUUUAUUAUGGAUAAAAUGUUGAGAUGACAGGAGGUCAUUUCAAUAUCGCUUAGUAAAAUAUUUAUUGUUCCUUUAAUUCUCUGUACAAGAUUUUGGGCCUCUUUUUCCCCUUAAUGUCACGAUGUUGAGUUCAGCAUGUGUCUGCCAUUUCAUUUGUACGCUUGUUCAAGACCAAGUUUGUUCUGGUUCCAAGUUAUAAAAAUAAAUUGGACAUUUAACUUGA